CUUUAAUCUUUUAUAAUCAAUAAAAAUAAAUGUUAUUUCCAAAACCUGAAGAGUAUAUGCUUCCUAAUCCUGAUGAUAUUAAAUUAGGACCUAGGCCUGAAGAUCAAAAAUAUGCUCCGAACCCCACUAAAGGAUUGUGUGGAGAUCCCUCGAAGCCGCCUAGAAAGCAAUAUACCCUUAUGAAACAGGCUCCGUUACCUGUAGGACAGCCAAAGUACUUAAGACCUUCUUUAUCUGUGGAAGAUAUUCAUGGAGCCAAGUCAAAAGCUUUGUAUAGAGGAGUAGCAAGAAAUAUUCUUGACAUUCAAGAUAUUGAUGGGUCAAAGCCAAAGAGAGCUAAAGAAAGAAACUUAAGCGAGUACAAUAUCAUGGAUUAUUCUGAUGUAAAUAACAAGAGAAGUACUAUGAAUAUUAAGAUCCCGAACUUAGAAAUCACAAAACCCAAAGACAAUUUCUAUAACAAAGAACCAGGAAAGACAACUCGCUUUAUCAAGAAAGAAUGGGCUCAAGAUAGGCUAGACAUAUUUAAGAAAGACCAAGCUUCCAAAUUUCUGUACCCACAAAGGUUCUCUUAUGCUGAUACAGAUGCUGUCAGCUGGAAAUCUCACAUGACGAAAGAAUUUGAGGAUAAACUCCCAAAUCAUUAUGGGGUCGGGACAAUAAAAUAGAGCUAAAGAAGAUGAGAAGUACCACCCAUCACCUAAACAACAAAAUAAAUUAGUCAAAUCUCUUCAUAGCAGAUCAACUGCAUCUCUACGUGCUGGGGAGAAUGGUUUGAUUCAGAGUCUUGCUCAUAUUUCACCACCUAAAGCUGGUGGUUAUGGAACUUUAAGAAGUACCCAUUCUUUCUUAGAAAGAGCUGAUGAAACUCAACCAGCUAAGUAUCAACCUCCGCAAAGUAUCAACGCAGGCAGCCAAAGAUAUUCAACCCUAAACAAUCUUCAAAUGUCUAGUAAGGAGACGUAUUUUGAGCCAAGUAACAACCCUCGCUCAUAUCGAAGCGUUAAACAUAUUAUUGGGUAGAGUAUAAGAUUUU